AUGGAUCUUAAAUCCAUGCUGAAUGAGUCCACCGGGGCCCGACCUUCUCCCACUCCACCACAACCCCUUCACCAGCCAACGCGACAUCAGACUUAUCCUUCUUAUCAGGGCACUAUUCCUUCCUCUCUAUCCCAUCAGGCGUCACAGCGAGAGCGACCAUCGCAGCCUCCACCGCUCCAGCCUCCUGAAGCCUUCUCUCCAGGCACUGUUUGCAAUUCGGCGCAAUCACCAUCUCAGCGUACUUUCGCAUCUACUUCGAGCAUAAAUAGCGUUGGGCUCCAUUCAAGUAUCGGAUCAAGCCCUGGGCAGGGCCAGUUGACUACAGUAAGAGAUGGAACUGCGUACAACAACCAAUACCCUACAUCUUUUGUGCCCUCUCCUUCUUCACAUGCGCCAAACCAGGGUCCAUUUGACCAAUAUCAACCAAUUCAAGGUCCACCAUCUGGAUUUCCUGCCGGUGCUUCUUUAACCCAUUCUGGGCUACUGCGAGAAAGCCCAGUUUCUUUGACAGGGCCACAGCAUUCCGCAGCACGUCAAUUUUCCCCACAUCCUUCACAACCAUCUCUCCCAGGAACUCCUCUAGGUCCACCAGCAGUUUUCCAAAAACCCUCACCGCAAGCAACGCAACGAGCAGCCUCGUACGGGCUGGAGCAUACGAGAACGUACUCUGGUGGGUCCCUGGGAUCACAACAUGGAUAUGAUUACGGCGAUAGAAAUAUCUCUCAGCACCAACGAACAGCAAGCCGGGAGUCUACGGUGAGGCAAUAUUCAUACGAAAGAGAGAGAGAAAAGAGCGUCAGCGUCAGCCCCAAGACCAUACCCCAACCAUCCCCUCUUCGGCAAGCCAGUAUGGAACGAUUGCAGCCGAGAAUGACACCGCCACCUAAACAAUUAACAGGACCGAAAGCAGACCAUGCGCGCUUGGUAUCAUCCGCCGAACCACGAGUUGACAGUUUACCUUCAUCAACAUCCACAACACCAAGAGACCUUGACCGCCGCUCUUCAUCUCAGCAAAGUCCCAGACCUGCUGUCCAACAUUCUACACCACCUUCAAACCACGCAAUGCCGCCUGACAAAUCCAGUCCCACUCCACAUCGUCACCAAGCUCUCAAAAGGAAUGCAAGCGCUAUUUCUGGUUCUUCAUCCUCACCUCAACCUCCUCGAAAAAGAUCCAAGCGUGCUGAAAUCCCAAUUUUCGCACGCACUGCUCGGCCAAACAAACCACCUCUCAAAUUGAUCAUGAAGGGCAACAUUAGAUCAAUUCCGCAUGUGCCACCUGCAGUGAACGGGCACCCCUCUACUAAUGGUAGUGGCAAUCACACAGCACCCAUACGGGCCGUGCCAGUUGCAGCCCCCGUGCCAGUAGAACCGAGUGAUUGGGAGCCAUCCAUCAUGGGUUCAACGCCUUAUGAAGAAUUGACCCGUUACAUCUGUGACAUGAUCUACAACACCAUCGGCAAUGCUGAGCCUCCCACCGACGGCGCUGUUUUCGAGAUUGAAGCCAAGCUGGGAGAGAUACACAACAUCGAAGAAGGUAAAAGAAUCAGGCUGCCCGUCAUGACUGAGACGAUUUUUGACAAGAACCAAUUCGGUCCUCCAACUCGUUUCGAGUCCAGUAUGAACGUCGAACAGCAUAAAGCUCUAAAUUCCUAUCUCAACACUCUCUGUGCCGAAUCCCAACAAGCACCCCGAACCCCUAUGUUCUACGAUCACCCACGCGAAACAGACACCUUCUACUCCCUCACCCCUGCAGGUGAAGCCAGCCUCCCUCUCUCAAUUCGCACCUAUCUCAAUCCGAAGCACCGUCCCCGAGUGCGCAUCACCACCUCGCAACCACCACCCUCAGCCGCAGGAUCGCCAGCAGCCGUACCGGUAGUGAAACGACGAAUCAUCAAGUCACGGAUUGCCGACUUCGAUGUCCUUUGUCCUUCUCUGGCCUUUGAUUUUCGAAUCAGUAUUAGCAUCGAAAGCCCCUUUGAUGGGCCUGACGAUGUAUUGGUGAAGGUCAACGAUGCCGGUGCCGGUGGUGCAGGGGACAGAGAGAAGGAUCGGGUUUCCUAUCGCCAUCUUGCGUAUCAGAUUGACUUGACGCAGGUUUCAUAUCCGAACUCCUCCAAACGCGAACACGAGCUCGAGAUCGAGAUCUCGACUGAGACUAUACGACAAGAACUGGCUAAUCUCAGAGAGGGGAGACCAAGUCGUUAUGAGGAUCUUGUGAGGGGGUUUGUGGACAAUGUUCGGAUCUUGGCCAGGAAAGGGACUUUGCGCAUGCAAAGGUGA